AUGAAGCGGGUAUUUAAAGCGUCAAAGAACUCGAUUGACACCACAGGGGGAGGCCGAUUUCUCACCGAGUUUGGACUCUGUGCCCCGGACAAUUCGACCAGAUCCAUCAACACUAUCGAGUGCAACACCCUACUGGACAUGGCCGACGAGAACUUCCAGUCGUGGACCUACUGGGAUUCAUUGUUCUUUGACCCAAAUGGAAAACCAAUAGAAAAUCAGGUAUCGUUCCAGCGGGAUUUUCGUAACACCAGGACGGGUUGA